AUGGGCUCAUACCUAUCAAAGGCAACCCCCUCUCCGAAAUUCCGCUUCCUAGACCUCCCUCCAGAGCUUCAAGACCUCGUCUAUGAGCAAUACUUAGCAAAUCUCAGCCCAGAACACGGCAAUGACCUAACCUCAGGUCUGAUGGGAACGUCUCGCUCCGUACGAGAGAGGUCCUGGCAAAUUUACAAGAAGCAUGUCAACAAAAGCCGUGAGAGCUUGCGAGAGAGGUACGAGGCCAUCGCGAAUGGCAUCAACCAAACGAACGUCGAGCACAACGGCAGUGGCGGCGAGUGGGACAUGCUCGAAGCAAUCGACCGAGCUAUGCACUUCUUCGCCAACGAGAAGGAGUGGCUUCAUACCGACGCGAGGUACCAGCGUGAGAUCAUGAGGAUGAGAAGAUUUGAAGGCCUGGAGGGAUCGGUAUUCCAGGCAACGAUUGCUCAUGUGCCUCGUGGAACGACUGAGGACCAACUGGAUGUCGUUCGCCUGGCGUGGCUAUACUUGGCAGAGCAGGAUGCGGGGCCCAUGGGUGACCAUGCUCGAGAUUGA